UAUAUUUACAUAUUCUGAAACAUACCUACCUAUUACUUACAAAUGAAUUUAUUAUAUGUAGCAUAAUACAUAAAAGCUGAGUAGUUCAUUAGGUGGCACUGUUGCUUCGUGUACCCAGGUUUGAUGGAUUUGAAUCCUUCCCCAGCUGUGCAUGUGGAGUUGAGUCCGUUUCUGCCUGAUACUUCAGUCUCCUUCUAUCAUCCAAAGACAUGUAAUUAGACUAACUAACCUCUCUCAAUUACAUGGAAUAUGACAGUGUAUGUGCCCUGUCAUUGUUUCAAGGUGAUCACGAACUGCAUUUCACAAGAAACGCAUUUGUCAGUGAUGGUCACCACAAGUUAGAAGCUGAAGCGAAAGAUGUCCACUUCAGAUUCUGACUGUUCCAUUGACUGGCUGGCCAGUGACGAGGAUGAGGAUGAAGGUGCUGGCAGAGCUUUGCUUCCCCUUCCAGAGUCAGGGGGCAGCUGUGGGGCUCACAGCUUCAACCUGCGGCACGCGUCCGAAGGCAACUGCGACGCGGAAGGGAGCCCUCGCUGUGACUCACCCUCCAGCCAUGCUGACUCCUUCCAAGCAUGUGACUCACUGCCCCUGCCACACCAGGGAAAGCACCACUCCCUUUCCCCAAAGUGUCCAGAAAAGCCGUCGGGUAUCCAGCCUCAGCUAGCGCGUAAGAGGCCCCGGACCGGUGACACGCUGGAGCCGGGGGGCCGCCAACCCCCUAACGGGACAGAAAGAGAUGAGCUGUUUGCAGACAAGUGCAGAGACCUGCAGUGCUUUAUUCGUCCGCUGUCUUCGAUCCUGAAUUCUCUGCGAUGUGGAAGAUACAGGGAACGUCUCAGCAGUUUCCAGGAGAGCACUGCUAUAGACAGGCUCCAGAGGAUAAUGGGGAUUCUACAGAACCCAGCAAUGGGUGAACGUUACAUCAACAUCCUACUGAAAGUGGAGGAGUUACUUAAGACCUGGUUCCCCAACAUAAAACCUAGAAGUGAAGUCUUUGACCAACCUGAGCAUACCUGUCUUCGGAAGAAGCAGAAGCUUGUCUCGACCAACACUGCCGUCGGCACCGCAGAGGCUCACUCCGCCUGUCAGUCCCUGAGCGUCCCAAAUACCAUGGCAAGCCCCUACUCUGCCACCAGCUUGAAAUGGCUCCACGUGUCUCCCAUUUGCUCGCCGGGCCUAGAGCCGGGCCUCAUGGGGCUCCACCAGCGGCCGCCACGGCGGGACGAUGACGCCACGCAAGACAACGCCGUCUCCUCCAGCAGCGACGCCAGGACGGAGUCGGCAGGCGGCCGGCCGCCCCAGGGCAAGAUCAACGCGCCGUGCUUGGAAAGACUGCUGAAAUCCACGGAGAGCAUCAUAAUGAGCAAAGGUGCCGGAGGCUCGAAGAGCGGCAGCUGCUAGCACACGGGGAAGGUGGGAGUCUCCGUGCCGACCAAAACACUUCCAGUCUGUGGGACACGCCGGAUGAAGAAGGACAGGAACGAGAUCACUAUGCACGAAGGCGCUGGUGAAAAUGACAGACACUGAAGCUGAUCCUGUCUUCAAAGUGCACAUCUGGAUCCCUUUAAUAAUUUUUUUUUCAUAUACACUCUCAUUGUGCUCAAGACCAUCUUGAUAAGGAUGAGAGGACUGCACGAGCCAAUUUCCCAGCCUGGCUGCAUGACUGCUAGCUGCAUCACUGCAUGCAGAUGGGAACCUCUUAAAUAUAGGAGGAUGAGCCUCAUUAUCUGUGACCAGGAAAAGGGAAUCGUGAGCAUGUAGUAGGAAUGAAUAGAACAUUGGAGCACUUCUCUGAUGCGUCCAAAAUAUUCAUAUAAAUGUGAUGUAUGGAAGUUUUUUUAAUUCAUGCCGAAACUGCGGAGUGCCAUGACUGUUACUUCAUCAAUACACCGCUACUUAAGAUUCGGAUGCAACACUUCUACCUCAGAUUGACAAGGUGCCUCACGAGUACCUGUAGCAAACACCCGGUCAUUGAAUCGUUGGGUCUGAAAGUCCUGGGUGCGAUCCCAGGUGAUGGACCUUCCAUUAUCGUGGAUGAAAUAUCUUCUUACCAAGUGUAUGUAAAAAAAGCUGGUCAGUAGAGUACACCCAUGCCUCAGUUGAAAAUAAAUGUUAAGGAUACGAUAAGGCUGCCAUUUUGUGUACCACGAAAAUGAUUACAUUCUUAUCCGUCGCUAUUUGUGGGCAUGUGUCAUAACACUAAUUCUGUGUGACAGAACUAGGCAAUGGCUUACUGAGCUAGAAGAGAUGGUAUAUCACUUAGUGUAAAUAUGUGAACAAUGUUCCAGGUUGUUAAUUUACCCAACAAAGUGGCCUUCAGAGUGUGAUAUUUUUUACUUUGAGAAUAAAUGUUGUUUUGUUUUGGCGUA